AGGUUGAAGAAAAAAUUCCCAUUCCUGAAUACACAGAAGAAGAUUUAAAUAAGCUCGUAUCGGCAGUACAACAUAUGACCAUUCUUUAUGCUAUCGAUCAAAACGAUUGGAAUGUAACCUGUACCGCAGUCAUAAGACAUUGGCUAUUGAACGUCAACGAAUUAAUGUUGACCAUUUUCUAUGAUAAUGACAUUCUUACAGCCAGUUUAAGUUUCCCUGUGAAUCCCGUUUAUGACAUCGCCUAUUUCCUUCGUCUUCCCAAUCAGAUUUUCAGUGUCGAUGAGUUCCACGAUUACGUCACUUUCGGAACGAUUCACGAAGACAUUGAUGGGACGCUACUGGCUAUACUGGAAAAAAUGUACUCGCCUAUUUUCUUUAAGACUGAAGACUUUAGUCACGGCGACGUGGGAACACUUUGUUCAGAAGUCAAUCUUUUCCUGACCUUUUUGACCGAACUUCAUUAUAAAAUGUGCGGCCUAACUGUACUAUACAUACCACGCGAAGGAAUGGGUGAAGAAGCGGAGAAGGCGUCAUGUAAUACCGGAUUAUUGAAGCGGCUGGAAACAGUUGCUAGUAGCUGGAUAACAAGCAUCGAAAAUUGUCUGAGUGAUCGGGAGCAAUUAGUGCCGAAUGAAUUAAUGUGUCCAAGGGAUGAGUACGAGUUUUGGGUGUACCGCUACGAACCACUGCGCGCUCUCCAGCUGCAAACACAGACAUCCGACUUCAAGCAUGUUAUGGAAAUUUUGCAGAAGGCGCAAUCAAUAUUCGUCGAACCCAUCAACGAACUGUGCAAGGGAAUUGAAAUCGAAUUGGGCAGAACGAAGAGCAAUAUUCGAUAUCUGAAGCUCCUUGUCCAACCCUGCAAUGAGCUGAAUCUGGUGGAAUCGGUGUCAACGAUUCCAAUUCAUUUGGAAAAGAUUAUUCAUUUGGUUCGAAUCAUUUGGACUGAAUCGGAAGCGUUCAAUACAAUCGAAAAGAUAACGCAGAUGUUCACUUAUCUGGGCAAUCAAAUCAUCGUCAUUUGUCGGGAAAAACUGGAUAUAAAGACGAUACUUAAGGGGCACCCAAGGAAUGGCAUUAAAAUUGCUAAUAUGUCCAUCGAUAGCUGCAUCGCGUACAAGUUGAUUUAUGAAAAUGUGAAAAAAUUCCACCAGAACCGUUUGGAGAUUGCAAAGUAUCCGUGGAGCUUGAACAAUACAAUCAUUUUCAAUCAAAUUGAUACGUUCAUUUCGCGACUGCACGAUUUGAUUAACAUUUGCAAUUCGAUGAUUGUUUUUGGACGCUAUGACGAGACGGCCAAAAUACCGGCUCCGCUGUUGGACGGAGAGCACUUUCAAAAUAUUUGCCAAGAAGUGGAGAAGCAAUUCAAAACUGGUUUUAAAGAGAUCCGCGGUCUGUCGUCGAGCAUUUUAAACGUUCACAGCUCGGAUUGGUCGGAACAUUUCGACAAAUUUUCCACCAUACUGAAAAGUCUCGAAGAUAUUGUCGAGAAUAUGAUCCUGAAUGUGUUCUUGAGCGUUUCGAAUGUGGAAGAAGCAAUUGAUGCACUCUGCUCGCUGUACUACUUCUCCUUACGAGAAAAACUACGACCUACGUACCUGAAAAAGACAUCCGAGACCUGGGAAAUGUUUCUGCGAGAAAUCAACAACACCAGCAACAGUCUGAUGGAACAGGUCAAUUCUAGGCCGUCAGGUCUUCCACCGUACGCCGGCAGAGCGCUAACAUUGCAAACAAGUUUAAAUCGGAUCAAACAUAUCAAACAGAUGUUCGACAAAGCCGAAUGGAUGCCCGAGUCGACAAGUUCUAUUGCGGCAUUGUCCGCAUACGAUCAGAUGCACUCGAACAUAACACAAAAAAUAAAAGAGCUGAACUACGACUGGUUGGAUACCAUUGAAUCGGAUGUAAGUAAACGGUUGGGCAAGACACUGUUCAACCGAAGUGUUAGCCAUCCGGGCCUGCUGGAAUGCAAUAUCGAUCGAAGUGUAAUGGUCAUUUUCGAUGAGGCUAAACACUUCGAAAUACUUCGGUUCAGCGUGCCGGUGCAUAUAAAUCGAAUCUGUCAGAAGAGUAACGACAUUCGCUGGACGUAUCAGAGCGUUGUGAAAGUGUGCAUCAACUACAACAACAUCAUCAACUCAUUGUCGGACAAGGAACGGCUUCUGUUUAAACCGUUGAUACAGACUGCUUAUCGGAAAAUAACACCGGGAUUGAAGAAAUUGAAAUGGAGCGACGAUAUGAAUCUGAUCGAACCGUUCAUUGCUGAGUGCCUAACUUACACGUACAAAGUCCUAGCAUUCAUCGACAUUUACAAGAAUGCAAACUCGAACAUUCUGCAUACGAGUGAGAAAAUCUUCGAUAGUAAAUUCGUCGAUCUGGCUGUGGACGAACCCACAUCGUUGGCCGAAUUAAAUAAAUUCAUCUCGAGAUACCGAAAGAAGCAAAUGGUUGAAUUGCUCCAGUUUUACAAUGACAUCGUCGACGAUAUUGUCAAGGUGUACAGAGGAUUCGAAGCUUACUUGGAUAGUAUAGCAGAAGAAUGGAUUGACUAUAUAUCGAAACUGGACCGGUUAAUAGAAGAGGCUCUUUGCAAUUGUGCACAAAAUUCGUUGAGUAAUGUUUACGAUGCAUUACACGGCAGUGGUACAAUUGAGCCAUUGCGAUUAAUACGGUUGGAUCUUGACUUGCAGGGUAAUAAGUUGCAUUUCACACCGUCCAUAAACGAAUUAUCGAAAAUGUUGAUCGGAAUUUUCGAAUUGAUCACGUCAUCUCUGAAGCAAUUUCCCCGACUAUUUGACAAAUUUAAACUGCCCAAAAAGACUCCCAUACUGGAAUACUAUCGCGCUAUAAAUCUACGCAGUCCCAUCGAACAUCUGAAGACUUUCAUCACCAACGAAGUGGUCUUCAACCAGCAACAGGUCGACGAAUAUCUUGAACAAUGGAAACCGUUCAAGUCACUGUGGGAAAUGGACAAGGAUCUAUUUAUGGGGAAAUUCAACGAGACGCGAAUCGCUGCCAAAUCAUUUGAAAAGAACUUUACGCGCUAUGCGGAAAUUGAGAAUCAGGUGCUGUUGCAAGACGGUACGGGCAUAGUGCAGUUUGUCGAAAUCAAUGCGAACCAGUUGCGAAAUAGCAUUUUUGCACAUAUUGAUGAUUGGAGGCAACGGCAUCAGGCGACUUUGCGAGAUAGCGGCUACAAUCUAAUAAACGAUCUCUAUGAAUAUCUGACCGUCAAUGCGAACAAAAUUUUAAAACCUCCCGCCAACCUUAAGCAGAUGCAAGAAUCUCUUAAUUCGUAUAAGAUUCUCAGUGAAGCUUGUGUAGAGAAAGAGAUCGAUAUCGUGGAAAUAAAAGACCAUUUCGAAGUUAUGGAACGAAACGAUGUCACCAUAUCUGAUGAAUUUCGAGCGAAACACAGUCAAUUGGAUGAAAAGUGGCGCUGGUACUUAAAUUCACUGAAAGACGCCGACGCAUUGUUGGACAAUUGCAAGGACAGUUUCAAAGAGAACUUGCUUCAAGAUGCCAGUAAUAUGGAAGCACAAGCUAAGGCUCUUUUGGAUUCAUUCGAAACCAUUCCGACGUCAUGUGAUACACAUGCUAAGGAUGCUCUGGCAGCAUUACAGGCUAUGCGUGCCCACCUUCAAACAUUAUGGGACCAAGAAGUACAGCUGCAAAGCGACUUAAUGACUUUCGAAAUCAGACAACCGGCUAACAUGGACCUAAUCAAGAUGGAUAAAGAACUGACGACACUCGAAGAAGUUUGGAAUUUAGUCAAUGCAUGGGAUGAAGCGUGGGAUGUGUAUAAAGUGAUGAGUUUUUGGAAAAUCGAAACCGAACAAAUGGAAGAAUUUUCCAAUGAUCUAUACAAACAUGUGAAUCGUUUGACCAAACAAUUAAAAUCGAGAGAAUGGACGAUCCUCGAGAGUACUCGGAAAAAGGUGGACAAUUUUCGUAAAACUCUUCCUCUGUUGGUAGUUUUGAAAAAUCCGUCGAUGCGCGAACGUCAUUGGGAUCAAGUCAAAGCGACUGCUAAUGUCAAAUUCGACCAUCAAACCGAGGAAUUCAAUCUGGACUCCAUCAUACAAAUGAAAUUCCAAUUAUACAGCGAUGAGAUUACCGAUAUAUCAAAUGCUGCAACCAUGGAAUUGCAGAUCGAAGAAAAUAUUGCAAACAUUCGCAAUAUCUGGGACGCCAUGACUAUUGUGGUGGCGUUGUCGGAAAAUGGUAUCUACCAGAUAAAGAAUGUGGACAAUUGCUUCCAAGCGCUAGAGGAGAAUCUGGUGCAAAUAUCCACGAUGAAAUCGACUCGAUUUGUGGAACCGUUUGCGAAAGAAGCUGACUAUUACGAAAAGACUUUGAAUUACAUUUUUGAAUGUUUAGAGAAUGCGCUGAUUGUCCAACGCCAGUGGAUGUAUUUGGAGAAUAUUUUCCAAGGCGACGACAUUCGUAAACAACUUCCGGCCGAAUCGAUAAAAUUUGCUGAUAUAACGACAGAUUGGAGCGAAAUUACCGAAAAUAUGUACAAAGCUAAAACGGCUGUAGAAGCUACACAUUACGUUGCUCCGCCGAUUCUGUUGAAAAAGCUGUUAGGUCAGAAUGCAGACCUAGAACUAAUUCAAAGGGCUUUGGAGAUUUACUUGGAAUCGAAGCGCCAACAGUUUCCGCGAUUUUAUUUCAUUUCUAAUGAUGAUCUUUUGGAAAUCCUAGGAAAUGCCAAAAAACCAGACGUAGUUCAGCAGCAUUUUAAGUCCCUCUACGACAAUAUCAACAAAUGUCGAUUAGUAAAGACAACAGAAAAAAUACCGAAAUGGGAAGCUCAUGGAAUGAUAUCGGCCGACGGAGAAUAUGUUAAAUUUGUCGAACCAAUAAUAUUGAAUGGACCAUCAGAGAAAUGGUUGAAACUGAUUGAAAACGCAAUGCGUGCCACACUAAAACUUCUGUUGCGUGACACACUUGUAAUGUUGCGCAAAAUGAGUUCAUCGCGUGACCGUUGGCUGGAAAAGUUUCCCGGUCAACUCUGUUUGACCUCAUGCCAAAUUCAAUGGACAACGAACUGUACGCGAAGUCUUCUGAUCUGCAACUUUUUAAAGAGCCGACAACCGCUGAAGAAACUACGACGCAAACAGAACAAAAUUUUGGGAUUUUUGUCCGAACUUAGUAGAAGAGAUUUACCGAAACAGAUGCGACUGAAAGUUAAUGCGGUCAUAACAAUUGAGAUUCACAGCCGAGAUGUCAUCGAUAAAAUGUACAAAAUGAACUGCCUCGAUGUAUCCGAUUUCGAAUGGUUUUCACAGCUGCGAUUUUAUUGGGAUCGUGAACAUGACAAUUGUUCUAUAAAGCAAACAAACACGUCAUACUGGUACAAUUAUGAGUACACCGGAAAUUCUGGUCGUCUUGUCAUAACGCCACUAACAGAUCGAUGUUAUAUUACCUUAACAACGGCUCUUCAUUUGAAUCGAGGUGGAAGCCCGACUGGACCUGCUGGUACUGGAAAAACGGAAACGGUAAAAGAUCUGGGCAAGGCUUUGGGUAUGUGGGUCAUUGUGAAUAACUGCUCCGAAGGUAUGGAUUAUAUGAGCAUAGGAAAGUGUUUUUCCGGAUUAGCACAGACUGGAGCGUGGGGAUGCUUUGACGAAUUCAAUCGAAUCAAUAUUGAAGUCUUAUCGGUCGUUGCGCAACAGGUGCUGUCCAUCAUCGGAGCUUUAAUGCAAAAAUUGAAAGUAUUCAAGUUUGAAGGAAACGACAUUCGAUUGACGCCAACAAUCGGAAUGUUCAUAACAAUGAAUCCUGGCUAUGCCGGACGGACCGAAUUGCCAGAUAAUUUGAAAUCAAUGUUUCGGCCCAUCUCGAUGAUCGUUCCAGACAAUGUGAUCAUCGCUGACAAUUUACUGUUCAGUGAUGGAUUUUGGAAUUCGAAAAUUUUGGCGAAAAAAGUUUUUACUUUGUACGAACUGGCUAAGCAACAGUUGUCGCUGCAAGCCCAUUACGACUUCGGACUGAGAUCGAUGGUGGCGUUGCUCAGAUAUGCUGGGAGUAAACGCCGUCAAUUUCCCAACGAAAACGAAGAACGCAUUGUCUACCUGGCGAUGAAAGACAUGAACAUCGCUAAGUUAACGGCUGACGAUCUUCCGCUGUUUAAUGGCAUUAUGUGCGACAUAUUCCCCGGAGUGACAAUUCCAUUGGUAAAAUAUGAAGAGUUCUACACAUCUAUCGAACAAUCGUUCAUCGAAUUGGGUCUACAAAGUACCACCACUGCCAUUACGAAGGUCAUUCAGCUGUUUGAAACACAAAAUUCGCGACACUCGGUUAUGAUUUUGGGAGACACGGGCACUGCCAAGUCGGUAACUUGGACCAUUUUAAAAAUGGCGCAUGCCAAAAUGGUGACUAUGGGCAAAUCCAGCUGGAACAAUGUGAUCGAAUUCCCGUUGAAUCCGAAAACAUUGUCAUUGGGUGAACUCUACGGAGAAGUAAAUUUAGGCACUGGAGAAUGGUUGGACGGUGUGCUGAGUAGUAUUAUGCGUAAAAUUUGCUCGGAUGAAUCUCCCACCAAAAAAUGGAUGUUAUUCGAUGGUCCGGUCGAUGCGGUGUGGAUCGAAAACAUGAAUUCCGUUAUGGACGACAACAAAGUGCUGACGCUGAUUAACAGUGAAAGAAUAACCAUGCCAGAACAGGUCUCGCUGCUGUUUGAGGUUGGUGACUUGGCUGUUGCAUCACCCGCAACUGUAUCAAGAUGCGGCAUGGUGUACAAUGACUAUAAAGAUUGGGGUUGGGGACCGUACGUGAAGUCUUGGUUACAAAAGCAAAAAUCUCCGGUCUAUGUUAAAACGAUCGAAGAGUUGCUGCAUCUGUACAUGGACAGAGUACUGGACUUUAAACGUUUAAAUUGCAAAGAGCAGGUCCCCACAAAUGAGCUGAAUUUGAUCCAAUCAUUCACUCGAUUAAUGGACUGUCUCGCAGUGCCACCGAAACGGAGUCAAGAAAGCGAAGAGAAUCCAGCUGAUGACGAGAACGAAGAAAUGUUGACCAAAAUGUGGUUCUUCUUCUGUUUGGUUUGGUCUAUUGGUGCCACAGUAGACGAAGCUGGCAGAGAGAAAUUCGAUUCGUUCAUCCGAGAAAUGGACGGAAUAUUCCCAGUGGUGGACUCGGUGUACGAUUACUAUGUCAAUGUUACGGCCAGGUGUUUCAUUCAUUGGAAAGCGAAUCUGUCCAGUGAUUGGACGUUUCCGGAAGAUGCUCACUUUUACAAAAUAAUUGUACCGACUGUCGACACCGAACGUUAUAACUUCUUAGUUGGUACAUUAUUGGAGCGUGGCUAUCCAGUGUGUUGCGUUGGUCGAGUUGGCACCGGGAAAUCAUCAACAGCGUCCAGCGUUCUCAGAAAAUUCAAUCCUGACAAAUUCUCAGUUUUACCCAUCAACAUGUCAGCGCAAACAUCAGCGAGUAAUCUACAAGAAAUAAUCGAAGGAAAGGUCGAGAAACGAACAAAAGGUGUAUUUGUACCCAUCGGCGGCAAGACCAUGAUCACUUUCAUCGACGAUUUCAACAUGCCUGCAAAGGAUACGUAUGGUUCGCAACAUGCGCUCGAGUUGGUCAGAGAAUGGAUCGAUUAUGGUUUUUGGUACGAUCGAAAGAAACAAUGGCGCACGUACAUCAAACAGAUGAUGUUGCUGACGGCUAUGGGUCCGGCUGGUGGACCAAUAUCGUCACGAACGUUGAGCCGAUUCAAUGUGAUCAAUAUGACGUUCCCGGGCGAGAGUACCAUUCAAAUGAUAUUCGGUACAAUGCUCGGACAGAAAUUUCACGAUUUCCCAUUUGAAGUGAAGAACUUAAGGGUGGCAAUUACUUCAGCGAGCAUUCAUCUGUUCAACGAAGUGAAUAGGAAAAUGCUACCGACUCCAGCGAAAAUGCACUAUCUGUUCAAUUUGAGGGAUAUAUCACGCAUUUUCCAAGGUCUUCUACGGAGUGACCGAGCAUGUCAUACUACCAAAAUUGCCAUAUUAAGACUCUGGUAUCAUGAAAGUUGUCGCGUUUUUGGUGAUCGUCUUGUUGACAAUGCAGAUCAGAACUGGUUACAAGAAAAAUUGAACGAACAAAUCGAGAACUAUUUCGAAACGACCAUCGAUAACGUGUGUCCGUCCAAAGAGUCACCAAUUUUCGGCGACUUCAUAAGUGGUGGCACAUACGAAGACUUCACCGAUAUAUCCGUUCUUCUAUCAUUUAUGGAACAGCAGUUGGCUGACUAUAACGCAUCUCCCGGCCACGCUAAAGUCAAUCUGGUUUUGUUCAUGGAAACAAUCGAGCAUGUUACUCGAAUCGCUCGAGUCGUAUCUCAACCGAGAGGCAAUAUGUUACUGAUUGGUCUUGGCGGUUCCGGGCGUCAGAGCAUUGUUAAACUGGCAGCAUACAUAUGCGAUCAGACCACAUUUCAGAUUGAACUAACCAAGAAGUAUAAAGUGCAGGAAUUUCGCGAGGAUUUGAAGACACUGUACACGAUGGUCGGCGUUCAGAACAAGACGGUUAGUUUCAUAUUUAAAGACAAUCAAGUGGCCGACGAAGUGUUUCUGGAGAUAAUAAACAACAUGCUCAGUGUGGGCGAAGUUCCGAACUUGUUCAAGGCUGAUGAAUUGGAGGAUAUCAAAACGGCCAUUUCAGCAGCUGCUGCGAAGGCCAAGAUUGUGCAAACUUCGGAUGCAAUGAUCGGUUUCUUCAUGGAACGUGCAAGAUCCAACUUGCAUAUAAUUAUGUGCAUGAGUCCUAUUGGAGAACAGUUCCGGACGUACAUACGACAAUAUCCAGCACUGGUGAAUAACACCACCAUCGAUUGGUUUCAUGCGUGGCCCGAACGAGCUUUACACGCUGUGGCUAAUAAAUAUCUCCAAAAUACGUUACUGGAUGUUAAAAUUAGUGACGAUAGUAAAGGGGGUGUCAGACGACGUGAAAGUCUCAUUGAAACAACAGAGGACCGACUUCGCACUGCCCUAGCUGGAACGUUUGCCUUCAUCCAUGAUUCCGUAUCAAAAAUGGCCGAAAUUAUGUUGUUAAAAGUGAAACGCCAUUGCUACGUCACUCCUUCCAAUUAUCUGGAGUUGGUCACUGGUUUUCAGAAACUACUUGAAGCGAAACGCGAGGCAAUAUCGUCCGGAGCAAACAAGCUUCGGAACGGUAUUUUUAAGAUAGACGACACCCAGGAAAAGGUGAAAGAAAUGUCCGAGCAACUAGUCGAAAGUCAAAGACAAGUCAAAUUGGUCCAGGACGAAUGUAAUGUUUGCAUCGUAAACCUUUCAGCCGAAACGGAGGUGCUAGACAAGCAAAAGAAAGUCGUCGAAGAGCAGGGCGAAAAAAUCGCUGUGGAAGAAACGGAAAUCGGCUUCAAAAGAGAAUUAGCCCAAAAGGACUUAAUGAUUGCAAUGCCGGCACUAGACGAAGCUACAAUGGCUCUGAAUUCCCUGAAUAAAAAGGACUUGACCGAGGUCCGGUCUUAUGCCAAACCACCGGUUAAAGUCGAGAAGGUCAUGGAAUCUGUGAUGAUUCUGCUGAAAAAGGAACCGAACUGGACACAAUCCAAGAAAGAGUUAGGAGACCCAAACUUCCUGGACACGUUGAAGAAUUUCGAUAAGAAUCACAUAGCCGAUAAGACACUGAAAAAACUCGCUGUGUACACUACGGAUCCGGAACUCGAACCGAUUAAGGUUGGAAUCGUUUCAUCGGCUUGCAAAUCGCUUAGCUUGUGGGUACGAGCAAUAGAAAAUUACGCAAAAAUAUACAAAGUUGUAGGUCCGAAAAUCGAGCUUGUAGAAGAAUUGGAGGCAACCUUGCGAAAAAAACAGGAAGAACAGGCCAAGUCCAAGGCGAUAUUGGACGAUUUGUUGAUGCAUCUUCGAAAGCUGGAGCUUGAGUACGAAAAUAAAACGAAAUUGAAAGAAGAAUUUCAACGUCAGGCUGAACAUUUAAAACUGAAGUUGGAACGUGCCCAUAUGCUGAUCGAUGGUUUAGGUGGAGAGAAGGUUCGUUGGAGUGAAACUGUUAAGCGACUCGAUUCAGAGUUCACUCGACUUCCCGGUGACUGUGUAGCAGCCCAGGCUUGUAUUUGCUAUUUCGGUCCCUUCAUAAGCAGUUAUCGCGAAGAAUUGAUCAAAAUUUGGCUGAAGGACAUUGCAGCGAGACAAAUUCCGUCGAAUGAAGAUUUCCGUUUGCACGAAUUUAUGGUCGAAGCGACGGACAUUCGAGAAUGGAACAUUCAAGGUCUACCAUCGGAUGAUUUUAGCACUGAAAAUGGUAUAAUCAUCACAAAAGCUGACCGUUGGCCGUUGAUAAUCGAUCCGCAAGGACAGGCUCAGAAAUGGAUAAAGUGCAUGGAACAAAAGAACAAAUUGGAGAUAAUCGAUCUGGAUCAGAGCGACUAUGUUAACGUUUUGGAAAAGGCACUACAAACCGGACUGCCAGUUUUGCUACAAAAUGUCCUCGAAACGUUGGACAAUUCACUGACACCAAUACUGACUAAAAGUGUCGUUAAAACGGCCGGACAGACAUUGAUUAAAUUCAAUGACAAAAUGAUCACAUACAACGACAAGUUUCGAUUGUAUAUUACAACGAAAUUGAGCAAUCCCCAUUACUCACCCGAAAUUGCUACCAAAACAACUUUGGUGAACUUUACUAUCAAAGAAGACGGUCUGGAAGCUCAGCUGCUGGGAAUUGUUAUACAAAAGGAGCGUCCAGUCAUGGAACAGGAGAAAAAUUCGCUAGUCAAGAACAUAGCCAAUAACAAACAGAUUUUGAUUCAACUGGAAAACGAAAUCGUGCGACUGUUGAGCGCCAGUAAGGGAUCGUUGCUCGACGACGAGGACCUAUUUCACACGCUGCAAGUGUCGCAGAAAACGUCGGCUAACGUUAAGGAAUUUUUGACCACAGCUGAAGUGACAGAGGCGGAAAUCGACGCCGUUCGAGAAGAAUACCGUGAAUGUGCCAUCCGUGCGUCGAUUUUGUUUUUUGUGUUGAUGGACAUGUCGCAUGUCGAUCCAAUGUAUCAGUUCUCGUUGGAUGCCUACAUAAAACUCUUCGUUCAGUCCAUUCAGAAAAGUCCGAAGAAUCCGGAAGUGGCGGUGAGGGUGACGAAUCUGAACAACUAUCACACUUACGCCGUCUAUCAAAACACUUGUCGUGGUCUAUUCGAAGCACACAAAUUGCUGUUCUCCUUUCACAUGACUAUAAGCAUUCUGGACGCGAACAACCAAGUCAAUAGGAACGAGUAUGAGUUCUUGCUGACGGGCGGUGUUGUGUUGGAUCGUAAGGAACAGAUGGAAAACCCCUGUUCCGACUGGAUAAGCGAUAUUAACUGGGACAAUAUAACGGAACUGGAGAAAUUACCCAACUUCAAAGGCAUUUCCGAAUCGUUUGAGAAGUACGGCAAAGAAUGGUUCGAAUGGUAUACGGCAACCGAGCCAGAAAACACAAUUUUGCCUGGCCCGUGGCAGGAUGCAUGUAACAUAUUCCAAAGGAUGUUGAUCGUUCGUUGUCUGAGACCAGAUCGUAUAUCGGCUUGUCUUCGAUUCUAUAUCGGCGCAUCUUUGCACCAGAAAUACGUCGUACCACCUGUGCUAGACCUACAAUCAGUGUUUGGGGAAAGUACCCCAACUACUCCACUGAUUUUCAUUUUGUCGGCCGGAGUGGAUCCAACGUCAGCAUUGAUGGCAUUAGCCGAAACCGAACAUAUGUCCAAAAAGUUCUUUUCGCUAAGUUUGGGUCAAGGUCAAGCGCCUAUAGCCACGGCAAUGAUCGAACAAGGGACACUCAACGGAAAUUGGGUUUAUUUGGCGAAUUGCCACCUGUCGCUCAGCUGGAUGCAGAAUUUAAAUAAAAUGGUCGAAACAUUGCAAUCUCAGUCUCCUCACGCAAAAUUCCGAUUGUGGUUGAGCUCCAGUCCGUCGCCGCAAUUUCCUUUAUCGAUUCUUCAAACAGGCAUAAAGAUGACGACCGAACCGCCGAAGGGAAUCAAGGCCAAUUUACAGCGAUUAUACAACAACGUGUCGAACGAACAUUUUACUUCGUGUUCACAACAGGAAAAGUACAAAAAAUUGUUGUUCGGUUUGUGUUUCUUCCAUGCCGUGCUGUUGGAACGGAAAAAGUUCCAGCAACUCGGAUGGAAUGUCGUGUACAGUUUCAACGAUUCCGAUUUUGAGAUUUCGGAAAACCUGCUCUCAAUUUAUUUGGAUGAGUAUUCGGAGACGCCGUGGGAUGCUCUCAAGUAUUUGAUCGCAGGUGUUAAUUACGGCGGUCAUGUGACGGACGCUUGGGAUCAAAAACUACUAAACUCUUACAUGGAACACUAUUACUGCCCGCAAGCAAUUGAAAUUACUAAUUUCAGGCUGUCAACUUUAGACACCUAUUACAUACCUCGGGACGGUAAUCUCGAAUCGUAUCAAGAUUACAUACAAAUUCUACCGGACAUUGACCAUCCCGAAGUGUUUGGACAACACACAAAUGCCGACAUUUUAACGCAAAUAACGGAAACUGCUGCGAUGUUCAAAACUAUGUCGUCGAUCCGAAAACAAACGACGUCCACUUCUGACAUGUCGCCGGAAGAGAGGGUCAAGCAUUUGGCUAAAGAUAUUCUAAACAAAAUGCCCGAAGUCAUCGACUACGAACACACGCUGAAGGUUAUCGGUUUAAACAAGAAGCCGUUGGAUGUGGUACUUCUUCAAGAGAUCGAACGGUACAAUAAACUGUUGAAAGCUGCCAAAAAGGGAUUGGUCGAAUUGCAGAAGGGAAUAAAUGGCUUUGUGGUAAUGACCGACGAACUGGAUGAAAUGUUCUAUUCCAUGCUAAUCGGACAAGUUCCACACGUUUGGAAAAAAGCAUACAAAUCACUCAAAAAACUUGGUUCUUGGACGAGAGACCUGUUACAUAGAGUCGAACACUUUUCGAAAUGGGCCCAGACAGGCCAUCCUCCGAAAAUAUUCUGGUUGGCUGCUUUCACAUUCCCCACAAGUUUUUUGACCGCAGUUUUACAGACAUCAGCACGCCAGGAUUCAAUUCCAAUCGACAGCUUGUCAUGGGAAUUCCUGAUACUAACCAAUGAAGACGCUGCCAUUGGCAAUAAACUCGCCGAAGGUGGUGAAUUGAUCGAAGGCCUGUUUCUGGAAGGAGCCGGAUGGAAUUGGAAAGAUAUGUGCCUGAUCGAUCCACUGCCCAUGGAACUGAUCUGCAAGAUGCCGGUCAUACAAUUCAGGCCGGUUGAAAAUUUGAAACGAAAAUCGAAAGGAAUUUAUCAGUGUCCGAGCUAUUACUAUCCCAUUCGGUCCGGGUCGUUUGUCAUUGCUGUUGAUUUGAAGUCUGGCGGGAAAGAGUCGACAUUUUGGACGAAACGUGCAACUGCUAUUUUACUUAGUUUGUCUGAGUGAUGUAAAAGAAACUUACUUGUGAUUUGACGCACAUGCCUGGGAAUAAAUAUUGAAAUGAAUAAAGCAAA